AAUAAAGGGCUUCUUAGUUUCUUAUCCUUGAGUAAUGAAAUCAAGUCUAGCUAGACAACCUUAUAUCAUUAAUAUCCCCACCUUCCCCAUGCAACUAUUCAUUCUUCUUCUUCUUUUUUACCUCUAAAUAGUAAAUACUAUUCUUUUUUUCUGUCUUUUUUUGUUGUUGUUGUUGUUGGGGGGGCUCAUUUAAGAGAGAGCGAGAGAUGAUUGCUAAGGUAAGACUAGUCAAAUGCACAGAAGCUUUGCAUGUAAUGAGCUCUCUCUCUCUCUCCCCCUGAACUUUAUAUAAACCUUGCCUCUUAGUUUGUCACAGACUCAAACCCACUUUUCUAGACUGCUUUCUCUCUUCUAUCACUUUCUCUAUAACAAUUCAAUUUCCAAUUUCAAAGCUAUAGCUGUUAAAUGGCAGCCUUUUCAUACCUCCACAAUUCUUUUGUUCUUGACUCAAAUAUCUUGUCAACAAAUAUUAAGAUGUCGAGCUUUGUGGAAGAUGAAAAUCUCAACACCAACUGUUGCUCUCAAUUUUACCCACCUGAACUUGUGCAAGAGAUUCCUGUUGAUGUUACUGUUCAGGAAAGUAGCUGUCUUGAACACAGCUCAAAGGUUGCUUUUAGUGAUAAUGAGCCUUCUGUGACCAAAAAGCAGAGUACAGAUUCUUCAAUUGUGGUGGAUAAGCUUGAUAGCGGUGAGCAAGUUACUCAGAAGGUCACUCCCAUGGAGAAGAAGAGGAAGAGCAGAAAUAAGGCUUCUUUGACUUUCACUCAAUCUAAGAAUCCGACAGAAGGAGUAAUGAAGAAACAAAAGAAAUGCAAUGGUACCCUGAAAGAAGAAGGGAAGAAGCCUAAAGCUGGAAAGAAAGAUCAGAAGAAAGUUGCUGAAGAGCCUCCAACAGGUUACAUUCAUGUAAGAGCAAGGAGGGGUCAGGCAACUGAUAGCCACAGCCUUGCAGAAAGGGUAAGAAGAGAGAAAAUAAGUGAAAGGAUGAAGAUAUUACAAAGACUUGUUCCGGGCUGUGACAAGGUAACCGGAAAGGCCCUCAUGUUGGAUGAGAUAAUCAAUUAUGUUCAGUCCCUACAAAAUCAAGUGGAGUUCCUUUCAAUGAAGCUUGCCUCAGUGAAUCCCAUGUUCUAUGAUUUUGGAAUGGACCUCGAUGGACUCAUGCUCAGGCCAGAGGGAUUAAGUAGCAUGGCUUCAACACAGCCAUCUAUGACACAAUGCAGCCCCACACAGCCCACAGGUUUUGCUGAUCUAACCACAACCACAAUCUUUACCACUGCAAAUAACUAUCCUAUUGUGGACAGUUCAGGUUCAACAUUAUUCCAACAUGGACAAAGGCCAAAUGCCUUAUCUGAGGAUAUUGCUAAUGUAUUCUGUGAUGUGGAAGACCAAAGACAAAAAUUUCUUAAUCCGUCUGGGUUCUUCAACAACUUGUGUUUCUUCCAUUAAUAAAUAAUAUUCAACUGCUGCCCUACAAAAAUUGGUUUAUGAAGAAUAUCCUGAGAACUCUCAAAAUCAGAUUUAAAAUUAAAAAAAAAAAAAAAAAAAUCAUUGACAUGACAUCAAAGCUUUUAUUAGUUCCAAUGGAGGAGGGUUCUUCCCCUAAAAGUUCUUGCUUCAUAUCCAAUAGGUUAAAGUGAUGCGCUGAACAUGAAUAAAGGGUGGCAAAAUCAAUGGAUGAAGAACAAGAGGGACAGACAUAACCGACCAAAUAAAACCAGAUCUUUUGUAGAUCCCAUGUUCCAGUCCAUUUUGACUCCCAUGUCUCUCAUGCACAGAUUCCAAGACCUUGUGGUAGUUAAGCUAGAGACAUCAGAAACAAUAUAUAUAUUUAUGUGUGUGUGAAAUACUAAAUAUCAUUAUUACCCCAUUACAAAACUGAUUCAUGUGGUUAUAUAUAGUUAUUCUGUUAUUACAGUUAUAUUUAUGGUUAUCUUUUUGCUACUUCGA